AUGGCUUUCAUCAACGCCCGAAAGCUCGUCGCCCGCGCCGGCAAAGGCGCCGCCACCAAGCAAAUCGGGCUGUACGAGAACGUCGCGCGCUGGGUCGCGCGGGGCAUCCAGCUGAUCUUUGCGCUGAUCGUGGUGGGCUUCUACGCGCACCGGGUGGACUCGGACCGGAAGGCAGGCAGCGCCGCGUCAGCGGCCUGGGUGUACGCGACGUUCGUGGCGGGGACGUCGUGCAUCACGUGCGUGCUGUACUCGAUCCCGUUCGUGCCGGUGCACCGGCUGUUCUACAUGGACGGGCUGCUGGCGCUGCUGUGGCUGGUGGUGUUCGGUGUGUUCGCGGGCAUCUUCCUGCCCAAGGAGUCUGGGACGGAGUGGGAGGGCACCAGCGUCCGGCUCAUGAAGGUCGGGGUCUGGAUCGACCUGGUCAACUGCCUGCUCUGGAUCGCCACGUGCGCGUACGGCGUCUUCCGGACCUUCCUGGGCAGGAAGGCCAAGGCGUACGAGAACAAGAUCGACGCCAAGCUGGGCGAGAUGGAGGACAGGGCCAUCGGCAAGGUCACGGAGAAGCUGCCGCCUGGCGUGACCAAGGUCGCCGAGCGAUUUCCUCCAGGGUUUGUGCCUGCCCGCUUGCCACUGGGCGUCAGGGGCGUCACUGAGAAGCUGCCCCUAAAUAGAGACCCUGCCCACAUGUCCGUCAAUCCAAUGCCGGGGAUAGCAACACCACGUUUCCCCAACACCAUGUACGCGUCACCAAACGAAACUGAGGUGUACGUUGAUGAAGUAUUGUAUUAG